GCAGAUAAGGAUCCCGUUUAAACAAGAGUUUGGGUCACGGCGCACAAUAAUCAGCUCCGCCAUUGUGUAGAGAUGUACAAGGACAAGCUCCAUCGAUGGAAACCCGCCGCAAAGAAGCAAGACGACUGAAGAACAGAAACUUGUAAAACUAAAAGUGAAAUGGCUGAUCUUGUUUCAGCACUGCUCUUUUGUUUGUUGGCAAUACCGACCAGUCAGCAUGACGGACAUAGAACUAGAAGUGGAAAUGAUACAGCAUUACCAAAAACUUUUAGGGGAUCAGUCUAUAAAGUGAAUCACACAACGCAGCUCCCAGACCAGCUCCACCCUGACGCAGCCCCUCAACUUUAUGUGGACCUUGACGGCCCGGUGACAGCCUACACCAAGGGGGUCCUCAGCACCUGGGUCAUACCUUCAGCGUACAUCCUGGCUAUGCUCGUUGGUAUCCCUUCCAACGCCUACAUUCUGGCCUUCCUCCGAGUCAAACUCAGAUCCAAGUCUUUGUCCUCAGUAGUUCUUUGCCUGAACCUGGCCUUCUCAGACUUGCUGCUCUUGCUCUCUCUUGCACUGCGUGUUCACUAUCACCUCAACGCAAACAACUGGAUAUUUGGUGAAAUCUCCUGCCGGGUUAUCACAGCUCUGUUUUACGGAAAUGUUUACUGUUCUGCUCAGACUAUAGCGUGCAUCAGUUUGAAGCGCUACCUGGCUGUGGUCAAACCGUUUUUGUACAGAAGGAUGGCUAAAACUACGCUGGCGGUGGGGACGUGUUUGGUGGUCUGGUUUCUGUUUGGAGUUGCCGCUGUUCCCGAGUUGCUCGUCAGACAGAGCUAUUAUAUCACACAGCUGAAGAAAACAAUGUGUCAUGAUGUACUUCCCCUGGAAGAAAACUCCCAUUCCCUGCUGGUGCCUUACAGGCUGAUGCUGUUUUUUCUGGGCUUCCUACUACCCUUCAGCAUUUGCAUGUUUGCCCACACAGCCGUGGUUUACCACCUAAGACAAAGCGCUUCUGACUGGAGACCUUACAUCAGGGCGAGCACUCUGGUUUUCAUCAUCUUCAUGGUGUGUUUCUUGCCCAGUGGCAUCCUGCAUAUAGCUCACUACAUCCACCUGUUUUCCAGUGGGGACGACAGACUGUAUGUAUACUAUAGGUUGGCGGUGUGUCUCUGUUGUUUUCACAGUUGUCUGGAUCCCUUCCUGAGCAUGCUCCUUUCCAAGACGGCAGACUCCGAGCUACAAUUCAUCGGCCUUCACAGGUCACCUCAGAGAUCAACAGUGACUUAAGACUUAAUGUUCACUACACACAAAACUAUUGUUGGAACUCAAUGGAGAAACAU